CCCGGGUCGAGCCUGCCCGGCCGCCUCGACUCGCUCCUGCCCUCGCGGCCCAGUUGGCGUCUGGGUGCUGGGCACGGCCUGGACCCUUCCCUGGGGACGGCCGCUGUGGAGCGGGGUGGCCGGGUGCGGCCUGGAUCCCCGCGUGGAGAGCAGGGCGAGCGACGGGGGUGCUGCCCCUCGUGCCCACGUUGGGGUGGGGUGGGCGGAUGGGGCACUUAGCCGCCGCAGCCGCUAGCGCGUAGGGUGCACUGACCCCGUUGGGCGCUGGGGUGCCCACCCCGCAAGCUAUCACUGAGCUACUUCCGGCCUGUGGGCGCCGUCCUCCCCACCCCACCUUUCCGCCGCCUUGAGCCUCCGCGCCCUCCUGUGCCCGUCGGAACUUGGCACAGGCUAACUCCACGUCGUGUAGGAACUCUGGAUCCUUCCAUGGGGUCUUCCUUCCAGAUACCCACUUACUGCCAGAGUGGAGAGGGUGGGGUCCUUGACGUCCAGCUGAGAGCCCUGACCUCAAGUUACAGGUCAGGGGUCAGCAGAAGAGUGGAUUCGUGCUGAGUCACUGGCCAUGGGUGGGUUCUGUGCCCGCCCGCCCUCCCUUGGGCAGGGGUUUGCUACACAAAUGUGUGGACAUGCAGGCCACUGGGGUGCUCCAUCUCAGGCUCAGGAGUGGCUGCGGCCCAGUCCAUAGCCGGGGAGACACAGACCCAUGAAAGGAGACAACACGAGGAAUGAAGCCAUUGGAGGAAGCCAUUGGCAUCAUUCUGUAAGGACGGUGGUGUGUGCCGGAGGGCUUCUGGCCACAGGGGUUUCCACAGUCCGGACGUCCCUGUCCCCAUUACACACAGCCUGGACACUGUUGAUUCCCCUACCCUGUGAAAUCCAAAGGGACAGUGGGGGUCCUUUCUAGAGUAUCCCCCCAGCAUCGGGAAGUGCCCCUGAAGGUCAGCAGGGCUGUUCCCCCACGCCCUGUGUGAUCAGACACUGCCUCUACAGCCAGGCUGGCAGUGGUGAGUGGGCGCCCCCGCCCAGCCAGACAGGCCUGCCCCUCACCCCCAUGUGGUCAGCCUUGAUCUGCUCCCGGCACAACCAAGACAGUGUGCCCUAACCAGCCCCACAUGUCAACCAUGAGGACAGUGCCUCAACAAAGAAAUGUUGGGACAGCUCCUCUCAGGCCGGUUGGCAUCUGGGGCUGGAUAGCUGAGUGGCACCAGGUAUUUCCCACGUGUCAACUCCAUGUCACCCCCAGGGGCACCACGCAGGACGGCUGCCUCCUGACCCCAACAUUCUCAGCCAGGUGGCUCCUGCUGGCACCCGUGCAGUCCAGCUGGCCAGCACCCAUCCUGUCAGCGCCCCAGGGCACACUCCUCUGUCUGGGCUGAACGGCCUCCCCAGCCAGGGCCUACAUUCGGGAACCUGUGUGCUAGGUGGGGAUAGGUGUCCUGCCUCCCUCAGCAACCCGAGGAGCAUUGGGAUGGGCUGAGUGGUCCCUAGGGCUCUCCUUCCAGGGAGAGGUACCCAGGUAGCUCUGUGGCCAUGUGCAUGUGGGCCCUGGGUGCCCUAUAGAGGUCCCCAUCAGACACCUUUCUGGAGAGGCCAGGCCCCCUGCAGGGACCCUUUGGGGAACAGGGUGGGCUGUGGGGCAGGCAAGCGUGGAUGGUGGUGGGGAGCCCAAGACCUGGAAAGGUCCCUGCUGCCCUGGACUGGGGCUGGUGGGGACAGGACUCUGAGCAAGUGAAGAGCCAGAUCUGGGGGCUGUGGCCCAGGGAGGCUUCAUCUAAGAGGGACAGUGACAAGAGACAGGUCAAGGGUGGGCCAAGGGAAGGAGAGUGGUUGGUAGGCAGGGACAGUCUAGGGGUCAGUUCCAGGGCUGGGUGGUCAGAGAAUGGGCUGUGGGAACCCAACUGUGAAACUCUGAGGAUGGGGAGAAGGUGUGGCCCAGGUCCACUAAUGUGAACCUCCUCCUCGUUCCUGGAGGAGGGUGGUUACAGCCCUGUUUGCUGCGCUCACCUUAGGCUAAGCGUGGCGUCAUGUGGACCCUCAGCUGUGCUGUGCAGUAGAUGUAACAGGCCAGAGAGGUGCAGCGAUUUAUUCGGGGUCUCCCAGGCAGUCAGAGACACACAGGCAGCAUGGGCAGCACCACCUUGUCCCGUAGGCACGGUGCCAGGAGCUCGUGAACAUCUUAGAAAAAAAAGUGAAUACUAUGAUGAUGAAUGUAGCCAGAUUAUGUUUGUCUUUAAGCCGAGAGUCAUGAAAUGUUUCAGAGGGUUUGGUUUUAUUUUUUGUAGCUAUGCAGUCUCACUGUGACGCAGGCAGAGUACAUUGGCACAAUCAUAGCUGACAGCAGCCUGCAACUCCUGGACUCAAAUGAUCCUUCUGCCUCAGCUUCCCAAGUGGCUGAGACUACAGGCACGUGCCACCACACCUGCCUAAUGUUGAAAAUUUUUUGUAGAGAUGGGGUCUUGCUGUGUUGCCCAGGCUGGUCUCAGACUCCUGGCUUCAAGCACUUCUCCUGCCUCAGCCUCCCAGAGGAAGGAGAGACAGGACUGGGAUACCUGUGCCCCAGCCUGGGAUACCUGCCGGUGCUUCCUCAGCUAGGGGCAUCCUAGGGCUGGGCUGUCCUCUGUGAGCCUGGCUCGGCUGGUGCCCUGGAAGGCAGCCUGGGCAUGGGCUGAACUCCAGCCUAGCCAACUCCCUAAUGGCCCCUUCCACAGUGUGACCAUGCUUGAGGGCAGGAGUGGUCCCAGUGCCCCCACCCCUAGUCAUGUGUCUCCCUGCCCCUCCAGGCCCCUGGCCCCAACAUGGCCCGUCGCUCCCAGAGCUCCUCGCAGGGGGACAACCCGCUGGCACCCGGGUACCUGCCACCUCACUACAAAGAGUACUACCGCCUGGCGGUGGAUGCACUGGCUGAAGGUGGCUCAGAGGCCUAUAGCCGCUUCCUGGCGUCCGAGGGGGCACCUGACUUUCUGUGCCCUGAAGAGCUGGAACAUGUGAGCCGACACCUUCGGCCCCCACAGUAUGUUGCCCGAGAGCCCCCCGAAGGCAGCCUUCUCGACGUGGACAUGGAGGGCUCCUCGGGUACAUACUGGCCGGUGAAGUCAGACCAGGCCGUGCCUGAGCUUGACCUGGGCUGGCCCCUGACCUUUGGCUUCCAGGGCACCGAGGUGACCACCUUGGUGCAGCCGCCACCCCCCGACAGCCCCAGCAUCAAGGAUGAGGCCCGCAGAAUGAUCCGUUCUGCCCAGCAGGUGGUGGCCGUGGUGAUGGACAUGUUCACUGACGUGGACCUACUCAGUGAAGUACUGGAGGCUGCAGCCCGGCGGGUCCCAGUCUACAUCCUGCUGGACGAGAUGAACGCACAGCACUUCCUGGACAUGGCCGACAAGUGCCGGGUCAACCUGCACCACGUGGAUUUCCUGCGUGUGCGGACCGUGGCGGGCCCCACCUACUACUGCCGCACGGGAAAGUCCUUCAAGGGCCACGUCAAGGAGAAGUUCCUGCUGGUGGACUGCGCUGUGGUCAUGAGUGGGAGCUACAGCUUCAUGUGGUCCUUCGAGAAGAUCCACCGCAGCCUGGCACACGUGUUCCAAGGAGAGCUGGUCUCCAGCUUCGACGAGGAGUUCCGCAUCCUCUUCGCUCAGUCCGAGCCGCUGGUGCCCUCGGCCACGGCCCUGGCCCGCAUGGACGCCUACGCCCUGGCUCCAUAUGCCGGGGCCGGGCCCCUCGUGGGCGUCCCUGGGGUCGGGGCACCAACCCCCUUCUCCUUCCCUAAACGAGCGCACCUCCUGUUCCCACCACCCCGCGAAGAGGGCCUGGGCUUCCCGUCUUUCCUCGACCCGGACCGCCACUUCCUGUCGGCCUUGCGCCGGGAGGAGCCGCUGCGGAUGCCGGGGGGCGCCCUGGAGCCGCACGCGGGGAUGCGGCCACUGUCGCGGCGCCUGGACGCGGAGGCCGGGCCGGCCGGGGACCUCGCGGGCGCGCGGGGCUUCUUCCAGGCGCGGCACCUGGAGAUGGACGCCUUCAAGCGGCACAGCUUCGCGGCCGAGGGCGCGGGCGCCGUGGAGAACUUCGCGGCCGCGCGGCAGGUGUCGCGACAGACGUUCCUCAGCCACGGCGACGACUUCCGCUUCCAGACCAGCCACUUUCACCGCGACCAGCUCUACCAGCAGCAGUACCAGUGGGACCCGCAGCUCGCGCCCGCUCGCCCGCAGGGCCUGUUCGAGAAGCUUCGCGGGGGCCGCGCGGGUUUCGCGGACCCAGAUGACUUCACUCUGGGCGCCGGGCCGCGCUUCCCGGAGCUCGGGCCCGACGGCCACCAGCGGCUGGACUACGUGCCGUCCAGCGCGUCCCGCGAGGUGCGCCACGGCUCGGACCCCGCCUUCGGGCCCGGCCCCCGUGGUCCGGAGCCCAGCGGGGCCCUGCGCCCCAACCUGGCCCAGCGCUUCCCCUGCCAGGCGGCGGCCAGGCCCGGCCCAGACCCCGCUCCCGAGGCGGAGCCGGAGCGCAGGGGCGGGCCGGAGGGGCGGGCCGGGCUGCGGCGCUGGCGCCUGGCCUCCUACUUGAGCGGCUGCCAUGGCGAGGAUGGGGGCGAUGACGGCCUCCCGGCGCCCAUGGAAGCCGAGGCUUAUGAAGACGACGCGCUGGCUCCGGGGGGCCGGGCAGCUGCCGGCGACCUGCUCCCCUCGGCCUUCCGCGCCCCCGCAGCCUUCCCCACCAAGGUCCCGGUGCCAGGCUUGGGCGGCGGCGGCGGCAACGGCCUGGAGCGGGAGGGCCUGGAGGAGCCCGGCCUGGCCAAGCAGGACUCCUUCCGUUCGCGCCUGAACCCCCUCAUCCAGCGCAGCUCCAGGCUGCGCUCCUCGCUCAUCUUCAGCGCGUCACAGGCCGAGGGCGCGACCGGGACUGCGGCGGCCACCGAGAAGGUGCAGCUGCUGCACAAAGAGCAGACAGUGAGCGAGACGCUGGGGCCUGGCGGAGAGGCCGUGCGCUCCGCGGCUUCCACCAAGGUGGCCGAGCUGCUGGAGAAGUAUAAGGGCCCAGCCCGUGAUCCCGGCGGCGGCGCGGGCGCCAUCACAGUUGCCAGCCACAGCAAGGCCGUCGUGUCCCAGGCAUGGCGGGAAGAGGUGGCGGCCCCAGGUGGCGUGGGAGGCGAGCGCCGCAGCCUCGAGAGCUGCCUGCUGGACCUGCGCGACUCCUUUGCGCAGCAGCUGAACCAGGAGGCGGAGCGGCAGCCGGGAGCCGCCUCGCUCACCGCGACGCAGCUGCUUGAUACGCUGGGCCGGAGCGGCUCUGACCACCUGCCCUCCCGCUUCCUCUCUGCCCAGGGCCGCUCCACCUCCCCCCAAGGACUGGACAGCCCUCUGCCACUGGAAGGGCCCGGGGAGCGCCAGGUGCCCCAUUCUGAGCCAAAAGCGAGCCCCACCUCGGCUUACCCUGAGCGGAAGGGGAGCCCCACGCCUGGGUUUCCCACUCGAAGAGGAAGCCCAACGACAGGAUUUAUCGAGCAGAAGGGGAGCCCCACCUCAGCCUACCCCGAGCGCAGAAGCAGUCCUGUGCCCCCCGUGCCGGAGCGCAGGGGCAGCCUCACCCUUACCUUCUCCGGAGAGUCCCCGAAGGCCGGGCCCGCGGAGGAGGGGCCGAGCGGCCCCAUGGAAGUUCUGCGCAAAGGCUCCCUGCGCCUCAGGCAGCUGCUGAGCCCCAAGGGCGAGCGGCGCAUGGAGGAUGAGGGUGGCUUCCCAGUGCCGCAGGAGAACGGGCAGCCCGAGAGCCCGCGGCGGCCGUCACUGGGCCGGGGUGACAGCACGGAGGCUGCCACAGGAGAGGAGCGGGGCCCCCGGGCUCGCCUGACCUCAGCCACGGCCAACGCCUUGUACAGCAGCAACCUUCGGGAUGACACGAAGGCCAUUCUGGAGCAGAUCAGCGCCCAUGGCCAGAAGCACCGUGUGGUCCCUUCCCCGGGCCCCGGCCCAGCCCACAGCAGCCCCGAGCUAGGCCGUCCACCGGCUGCUGGCGGCCUGGCCCCAGAUAUGUCCGACAAGGACAAGUGUUCGGCCAUCUUCCGCUCAGACAGCCUGGGGACCCAAGGCCGGCUGAGCCGCACGCUGCCGGCCAGUGCGGAGGAGCGCGAUCGGCUGCUGCGCCGCAUGGAGAGCAUGCGUAAGGAGAAGCGCGUGUACAGCCGCUUCGAGGUCUUCUGCAAAAAAGAGGAAGCCAGCAGCCCCGGGGCUGGGGAGGGCCCGGUGGAGGAGGGCACCAGGGACAGCAAGGUGGGCAAGUUUGUGCCCAAGAUUCUGGGCACGUUCAAAGGCAAGAAAUGAGUCUCUUGGCCCAGCAGCCCAGGCCAGGGUGUCCGAAUUGCUGCCACAGCCACCCGGAGCCCCCACGGAGCAAGGAGAGCACUGCUCCUGUGCUUGAGCGGUGGCUGCCAGGCCACGGCUGCUUGGGGCUUGGCUGAGUGCGCCACAGCUCGGCUCCUAUUGGGGCUCACCCGGCAGCUGCCCUCUGUGCCCCUGGCCUCCCCAGUACUGGGGCUCCAGCCCCUCGCCACCAGUGCCUUUCUUCCCUCAGCACUUUCUUUCCUCAGUAUCUUCAUCUCUGCACCAUCAGCCUUGCCUGGCGCAGAGUCUGGCUCUGCCAUCUCUCUCUGCUUCAGUGCCCCCAUGCCAUUUUUUUUUUUUUUUUUUUUUUGAGAUCCAAGCUGGAGUGCAGUGGUGCCAUCUCAGCUCACUGCAACCUCUGCCUCCCAGGUUCAAGUGAUUCUCGUGCCUCAGCCUCCCAAGUAGCUGGGA